CGGGCAACCAGAGAGGGGGUGGUAGCUGCCGCCCGGACAGGACCCGAAGGCUUUUCCACGUUUGCAAACGCCGCUGCGCGCCUAGACUCGACCCGCGCCUCCCGAGCUCCACUCUGCGCCCGCUCUCUCUCCUGUCUUCGCUGCCCGGAUGGCGUUCAGGGCCCGGGGCUCGCGACCCCUGCCGCCGCCGCUGCUGCUGCUGCUGCUCUGGGUGACCGGACAGGCGGCGCCUGUGGCCGGCUUGGGCCUGGGCUCCGACGCGGAGCUGCAGAUCGAGCGGCGCUUCGUGCCAGACGAGUGUCCGCGCACCGUGCGCAGCGGUGACUUCGUGCGCUACCACUAUGUGGGGACGUUCCCCGACGGCCAGAAGUUCGACUCCAGCUAUGACAGAGGCUCCACUUUCAACGUGUUCGUGGGAAAAGGACAGCUGAUUGCAGGGAUGGACCAGGCUCUGGUUGGCAUGUGUGUGAAUGAGAGGCGUUUUGUGAAGAUCCCCCCAAAGCUUGCCUACGGAAGUGAAGGAGUCUCUGGUGUGAUCCCCCCAAACUCAGUGCUUCAUUUUGAUGUACUUCUGAUGGAUAUUUGGAAUUCUGAAGACGAAGUUCAGAUUCACACUUAUUUCAAGCCCCCAAGUUGCUCUCGGACCAUCCAGGUGUCUGAUUUUGUAAGGUACCACUACAACGGAACAUUCUUGGACGGGACACUGUUCGAUUCGAGUCACAAUCGCAUGAAAACCUAUGACACAUAUGUGGGAAUUGGCUGGCUGAUUCCUGGAAUGGAUAAAGGGCUGCUGGGCAUGUGUGUGGGGGAAAAGCGCAUCAUCACCAUACCUCCUUUCCUGGCCUACGGGGAAGAUGGAGAUGGGAAAGACAUUCCUGGACAGGCAUCCCUGGUAUUUGAUGUUGCGUUAUUGGAUCUCCAUAACCCCAAGGAUAGUAUUUCCAUUGAGAACAAGGUCAUACCUGCAAACUGUGAGCGGAGGAGUCAGAGUGGGGACUUCCUCAGGUAUCAUUACAAUGGCACACUUCUGGAUGGCACCUUCUUUGAUUCCAGCUACUCGAGAAACCGAACCUUUGACACCUACAUUGGGCAGGGCUAUGUGAUUCCUGGGAUGGAUGAAGGUUUACUUGGUGUUUGCAUUGGAGAGAAGCGAAGGAUUGUGGUCCCCCCACACCUGGGGUAUGGAGAGGAGGGAAGAGGGAACAUCCCUGGCUCAGCGGUGCUGGUGUUUGACAUCCAUGUGAUCGACUUCCACAAUCCUUCUGACUCCAUCAGCAUCACUUCCCACUACAAGCCCCCCGACUGCUCCGUGCUGAGUAAGAAGGGGGAUUACCUCAAGUACCACUACAAUGCCUCGCUUCUGGAUGGGACCCUGCUGGACUCCACGUGGAAUUUAGGCAAGACUUACAAUAUUGUGCUGGGAUCUGGACAAGUCGUGCUGGGAAUGGACAUGGGUCUCAGAGAGAUGUGCGUGGGGGAGAAACGGACGGUGGUCAUUCCGCCCCACCUGGGCUAUGGGGAGGCUGGUGUGGAUGGGGAAGUGCCCGGCAGUGCUGUCUUGGUGUUCGACAUUGAGCUGCUGGAGCUUGUGGCCGGCCUGCCUGAGGGGUACAUGUUCAUAUGGAACAGCGAAGUGUCCCCCAACCUCUUUGAAGAAAUUGACAAGGAUGGCAACGGAGAAGUCCUCCUAGAAGAGUUCUCAGAGUACAUUCAUGCCCAGGUGGCAACUGGCAAAGGGAAGCUCGCUCCUGGUUUUGAUGCUGAAAUGAUCGUGAAGAAUAUGUUCACCAAUCAGGACCGGAAUGGAGAUGGGAAGGUCGUGGCUGAGGAGUUUAAACUUAAAGACCAGGAGACCAAACACGACGAACUCUAAACCUGACAUGAGCCAGCUGGUGCCAGGGAGUGUGUGACACCAAGCCACCUGUUGUGGCAGAACCUGCGGUGAGGGUGUGAGGGUCUCUAGGAAGGUCUAUCAUUAGCAAGUAGUAGGUGGGUGACACAGUACCUGGUACAUACAUCGGGGUGGGUUGAUAUACAUGUGAGAAUUUGGGGUAGACUUUCAGUGAGGGAAGACAAAAUCGGUAUAGAAGGCCUUGGCAUGAUAUGUAUUGAAGGAUUGGAAGGGCUGUACUGCCAACUGUGAUUUGUGAGCCUUCUAGGAAAUUUUGUAAUUAAAGGCAAAUAAUAUGUAGAAGUUAUAAACACCUUGGAGGGAAUAGGAGAAGUGGUGUCCAGGUGCCUACCUAAAGAGAUUAAAAAAAUUUUUUUUAA